AUGGCACCUCCCAGCGCAUCUGCGUCUUAUAAGAAAAAGGAUGGAACGCUGGUGAUAUCCAGUGACCUCCGGUCUAUAACCUGGUCCCCCAAGGCCGGGUUAGAUGGCUCAUUAACCUUGCAAACAGGAUCUGUUACCAACUUACAGCAGACUCCCGUUAACAACCCGAAGGUAAUGCUGAAGAUAUUUGUCCAAGGACCAAGUCAGGGGCAAGGCCAGGAGAGCGCUGCUCCAGUUCCCUACGUCUUUACUUUCACCUCUCCCUCGAAUGCGCGCACUGAGGCGGACGCCAUCAAGGAAGCACUUAAUACCAUCAUCCAGAAUACAAAGUCAGCCCAGACGCCUGCACGCGAUGGGCCUCCGGCAGCACUCGCAGCUACAAAACCGCCAUGGUACGACGAUAGUCGCCUGAAGGCAGAUAUGGCCCUGCAGCAGUCACUAUUGAACUCCAAUGAGAGUCUAAAACGAGUAUUUGCGGAGUCCCUGCGAACUAAACCAGCUUCCGUUACACAUGGGCAGCUUGUAUCGCAGUUUUGGUCUUCGCGAAUACAUUUACUACGCGCUCAUGCGAUAGAAAAGUCUCAGGAACAGGGGGCGUACAAUGUUCUGUCAACGGUCAAACCGCGGGUGGAAGAUAAACGAAGGCUUAACCUGAGCAAGGAGCAAAUUCAGCUGAUUUUCAGCCAGCAUCCUUUGGUUAAGAAAGUUUACGAUGAGAAUGUUCCCAAGGUGGCCGAAGAGAUAUUCUGGUCUCAAUUUUUCCAGAGCCGUCUUUUCAAGAAAUUGAGAGGCGAGCGGAUCACGGACGCCGACCCUACGGAUUCCCUACUCGAUAAAUAUCUGAAAUACGACGAGCAUACAGGGCGGCCUGCCAGCGACACCGAACAAGUGCCCCGCCUUUUCAACCUAGAAGGAAAUGAAGAGAAUGUCUCCCAAAGGCAAGGUAAUCGGCCAAAUUUUGACAUGAGACCAACGCCGGUAGACAAAGUCCCUAUCAUCAGGACUUUAAACUCUCUUAGUGAAAAGAUCAUGAGAAACGUGGCUCCAGCCGACCAAAACCUGACCGAUGCCGAAAAUGCGGACGCAGAAAUGUAUAAUGAAUUACAAUUGCGGGACCUUCGUGAGGAAGAAGAGCAGAAGCGGAUCAUGUUGAAUAUUCGGGAUCAGAGCCGCUUCUUUUCUGAAGGUAAUGCCGGUCAGGUCCAACAAGAACGUGUUUUCACCAAACAAGACCCAGCAACUAGUCUGAAUAUGCUACAGACAGAGUUCAGCCGGACCUACAUAGAUACAGCGCAAGUUAGACUUAGUCGCCUGGUCGAACCAGAAGAAGGGGAUAGUAGUGAUGACGAGCAGUCUAAGCCUAAGAGAGACCCCGUCGGCUCAAAGGCCAGCCUAGCAAGCGCGAAAUCCCAGAUCUUUGGAAUUAUUGGACAACGAAAGGCUCAAGCAGACCCAGGGUCAUUGUCGAGCACUUGUGGCCUUUCUCAGACAGUCUUUGAUCGCCUGACUCUGACACACGCUACCACAACCGAGUUCCUGACUCAGUUCUGGCAAGCAUUCUUGUCUGGAAACCCUGAUCGAGCUUCUGAGAUUGCGUCAAUGGUGGAAUCGCUUAGUAGAGCGAUGGAUCGAAUUAACGAGGUCGCAAAGGCAGCUGAAGCGGAACGGCAGGUUGAAGUUGAAAAGCUCAAGAAGCAUGCUAGAGAAGUAUUGGCUUCGACAGGCAGGAAGAUUCGUCUGGCCGAUGUUGAUGGCGGAGAGAAGGUCGUCAAGCAGCUAAUGGGCCCGACUAUUAAUGCGUUAGCAAAGGCGACCUCUGAGUACCAGAAAGCCCUUGCUCAGCAGACAGCAGAGGGACAGUUGUGA